AUGAUCAGGGAAAAUUCUCUUCAUCAUGCAGCACAAAAUAAUAGUAAAGAAACAGCCGAACUUCUUAUUUCACAUGGUGCAAAUAUCAAUGAAAAAGAUAAUGAUGGAGAAAUCUCACUUCAUAUUGCAAUAGAUAAAGAUAGUAAAGAAAAAUCAGAGCUUCUUCAACUUACAACAUAUAAUGGUAGUAAAGAAAUCGCUACACCUCUUAUUUCACAAACAAAUUAA